AAAGCCCACAUGAUUUCUAGUCAUGCCCGAUAACCACUCCGGCACGUCCACUUUUUGCUUUUAAAGAGUGAAUCAUCAUUUAGUUGUUUAUAAUUUUUGAGAUACUGGCAGAAAUAUUGCAACGCUUUUGUUGUAUUAGGACAAUCCGACAAUACCAAUAUGCCAUGUUAAAGUAAUACAAAAAAAAAACAAUUUGAAGUCGUAUAUAUAUGAAAAUGAUAGCUUAUGUGAAAGGAACGUCACUGCAUCAUACCAAAGAGAGUAGAUUACUUUGCUGAAGAAUUUGAUUCAAGAAAAUUAAAUCAUGUAUCAACUGUUAUUCACUUAUUUGAUCUCAAGAAAAUAACAGUUGAUACAUUCCCCUCGUGAGCUAUGUCAUUUCGAAGGACUUAUCGUGAAGCCUCUAUGUGUACACUUGAAACAGCUCUUGUGGUACAAUGUCCCAUUCAUCGACACCUUCACAAAGUCCUCAUAAACGUUCAUCAAAAGAUAUAUGGAACAACGUUGCAAUAUCAAAACUGUUAUGGAAACAACCUCUGGUGAAGUGUAACUGUGUAAGGCUAUCCUGUGACUAAAUGCUUUUAAAUGAAAAUAGAUGUUCUGCGUAUUACACAAGUUUUCAUCUUCUUCAACCUUGCUCAUUCAAAAGCCCUAAAAAUUAAUUUAGGUGCCCUUUUUAAAAGAUCUUUUCGACAAAAACGCCCAACUAGUUUAAUCUAACGCGUGAUUAUUAUGAGACUAAGACUAUUGAAGUAUACAAAUAUUUUAUGAACGCGCUAUGAUCUCCUUUCACAAUCAUAUAUAUGAUUGAAUAGGAUUAGGCCUUAUUGCACCCGACCUAAUUUACCAAAUCGAAACCAAGCAUAAGUUUUUUUUUAAAAAAUACGGAUAUCUAUGUUAUCUUUAAAGCCCUAAGCUAAGAGAACUAUAAUUGCAUGCCUUAUUUUUAGAAGAACUAAUUGCAUUGUUACCCUCCCAUAAUCACAUGAUUUGCUCUCUUCUUUUUGUCAACACGUGAUCUGUUGCUUUUUGUUUUGAUGAUAUUUUUUUUGUUUAUUGAUCCACUUUAUCUAAAUAGUGUAUUUCAAACUAUCUUUUCUAAACACAUACCAUGUUUGAAUAAAAGUAGGGCCAUCAUGGAAAAAAAGUAUUUGCUUCUCCUGCAAGAAAGUCAAACACUAAGGUCAGCCAGAAUACAUCUGAGAUGACGUCUUUUAUUAAGUUGGAAACUAUUCUAUUCGUGCCCAGGACAAAAAAGAAAAUGCCUAAAGUACGUGAUCCGAACAAUCUUAUAACAUUUAAUGAGAUCUGGUCAAAUCACCAAACUAUUUGUUUAUACGAGAAAAUCACAUCCUAGUCUUAAAGACAAGUCUCAUCAUCGUUACAAGAAAGCCAUCUAUCUUGUCCCCAAUACUAAACCCUAACAACAACAUCACAGUUAGAAAAACUUCAAUCUCUUAAAUGGUGAGUCUAUUUUCGUCAAGGAAGAGAUCGAGGAAAGAAAGAAAGAACCCUUAUUCAGAUCUCGGACUCGAAAAGUUCUCUGCACUUCUAUCCGAGCUAGACGAGAAGAGACAAAGCAUUUACGCAACGAGGGUCGACUCAGAUGGGCCGCCACUUGUUCGGUUUGUGUUCAAAAGCUCGGGAGAGUGCGUCCCUAUCAUGAUCAAGACAAAGAAGGUAACCAAGAAGAAGGAUUCUCAAUAUGAUUUAAAGGUCAAGAUCGAAACAAAAGUGGAAGAGGAAAAUGAAACAAAGAAAACAGAGUUGGUAACAGAGCAGAAACAGAGCUGCGUAUUGAAUGAGAAUCUGAAGAAGAUUUCAAGACCGAAGCAUUUUUUACCCGUGACAACAAUCUUGGUUCUAAUCUUCUUCGUGUUCUUUGGACGAACAGUAUCGAUCAUGUGCACUUGUAUCGUUUGGUACUUGGUUCCAUUGAUCAAGGAACAUUGCAGAAGGAGAGGAUCAUCACAACAUGAGACCGAAAAGAAAAACAAAAAGAAGUUUCCGCAUCUGGCUGCUCCUGGUAAAACACGACGAAAACUUAAUUAACUUCUUUUUUUUGAAUGUUUUAUGCAUAGUUUAUUUUGUUUAAACGUUAAUAGUUCUUAAUAGUUUUGAAAUACAAAAAUCUGUAAAUUGUGAUUUUUAUCAUUUUUUUAUUGUUAAUGAUAUGUAAUUAUUCAAAGUUUCCGUCAUUCCUUGAUUCAGUUCUACAUAAUUAGUUGAAUGUUUAAUCUGAUUGAGAAUUUUAGGGUCUACUUGUAUUUUUGGACAACAUGAACUAUUUUCACUUGUUUAUUAUACUAACGGUUGGUUUCUACAGGGAAAUUUACUGAACAAUAUAUUAAAUGUUCUUUAACUGCAAUUUGAAACAUGGAGUUCGGUACUAGUUAGUUAGGCCGGUUUGAGGGAAACUUACCAAAGUCAGACCAGUCUAAAUUGGGUUGGUGUUUCGGUUAAUUUGAAAUAAAUGUCUUAAAACCCUAUCUUUUUGUUACAACAUCAACGGUCUAGCCUAAAUGAAAAGUAAUGUAUCAUGAUUUACUAACAAAUCAAAAGUAGAGGAGGAUAAAUAGAAAAAGAAUACAAAGUUGCUAACAGAGAAAAACAGAGUUGUGUAUUGAAUGAGAAUCUAAAGAAAACCCGCGACAACGAUCUUGGUAUUGAUCUUCUUGGUGUUCUUUGGAUGAACCGUGUCGAUUCUGUGCACUUGUAUCAUUCAUUACAUUGUUCUAUUGAUCAAAGAACAUUACAGAAGGAGAAGAUCAUCAUCAUACAAGACAGAAAAGAAAAACACAUAUGAUUGCUUCUGGUAAAAUCAUGGUGACCAAAAAUUAAUUAACUCAUAAACACUAACCAGCACUGUCUCAUAGUAAAGUAGAAAGAAAGGAAACCUCAGUUAGUUCAUGAAAUCAAUCAUAUUUUAGCCUGGCGUAAAAACUUUCUUUCCUUCAUCACUUUCAAAACAUUAUCUAUCGGGAUAGCAAAGCCAACACCACUGUUACAUUCAAGGUUUACAAGCACCCCUCCAGAGCUUCCCUAAAAAUAAUAAAACAUCAGCAAAAAUAAUAUAUCAUCCAACCAACAAUCGGUUUGGAGAUAAACUUUGCAUUUGCCUUCUACUUAUAGUCCAUCUUGUGUGCGUUUAACACAACUUGAAAAAACACAAAACAAUAUAUAUUAGAUAUGUCAACGAAAAAACCAGCAAAAAUAUUGAAUGCUAAUUGUCGUUAAUAGUUUUGAAAUAUUGAAUGCUAAUUGUUGUUAAUAGUUUUGAAAUACAAAAAUCUGUAAAUUAUGAUUCCGUACGUGGCUGCUUCUAGUAAAACACGGUGACCAAAACUUAAUUAAAUUUUUUUUGUGAAUCUUUUGUUCAUAGUUUAUUUUGUUUAAAUGCUAAUUGUUGUUAAUAGUUUUGAAAUAAAAAAAUCUGUAAAUUAUGAUUUUUAUCAUUUUUUCUAGUGUUAAUAAUAUGUAAUAAUUCAAAGUUUCAAACGGAACAUGGUCUGUCAUUUCCUUAAUUCAAUUCUACAAAGUUUGUUGAAUUUUUUAAUCUGGUUGUGAAUCUUAGCGCUUGUGGAGGUUUGGUUACUUGUAUAUAUGGACAACAUGUAUUAUUUCACUUGUUUAUUAUAGGGA